CAUUUUCUUCACAGACACUGGUUUAAUAAAUCUCUUCAUCCCCCAUCGGUUUCAUCCUUUCAAGCCUCCAUUCCGCCACCAGAUCAUAAUCAAAUCGCUUCUGAAUCACCCAUACGCAUACACCACAACCAAAUCGAUUAAAAAACGCGAUAUUUUCUUCGAGGGUACCGAUUGAUCUGGUUAUUCGCCAAUUUGUUGGGGUUUUUCUGAGCAAUCGAAGCCUUAAUCGAUAAAUCCUUGUUAGGUCACCAUUAUUAUAGGAGAAAGAUCAUCAGACAAAACGUUUUUGAUUUGGGUUUCGGUUCGGUUUUGGUUUCUCUAUUACGGCUAGAAAAGAGAAUCUAAAUCAAUCUUGACCUUUAAGUUCGUAAAAGAUCAUCUUAUUCGUGAUUUGGUUUAUCGUUUUUUGGGUAAGAUUGAAGGAGUUGUAAUUUAGGGUUUUACAGAAGAUGUUGGGCGCUGGAUUGCAGUUUGGACGAAGUCGUGGCGGAGAGGAUAGGUUUUACAAUCCGGCGAAAGCGAGAAAGAAUCGUCAAAAUCAGGAUGAUCUCCGUAGAGCUCAAAGUGACGUCACUCCGACCCAAUCUACGGCGUCGUCCGGUACUGAGGAGCCUGAGAACCGAGUGGUAAAGCCAUCGAAACCUAUAGCGUUGGAACCACCGAUGCCGUCGCCAGUGUGUAAUCUGGAACGGUUUUUGGAGUCGAUUACGCCUUCUGUUCUUGCUCAGUAUCCCUCUAAGAGAGCUAUGAGAGGGUGGAGGACUCGGGAUGAAAAUCAACCGUACUUUGUGCUUGGUGAUUUGUGGGAGUCUUUUAAAGAGUGGAGUGCUUAUGGUGCCGGAGUUCCUUUGAUAUUGAACGACAGUGAUAGUGUUGUCCAGUAUUAUGUACCUUAUUUGUCUGGAAUUCAGUUGUACACAGACCCUUUGAAGGCUUCAGCAAAAUCAAGGCAACAGAGCGAGGAUAGUGAUGGCGAGUCUUUCAGGGACUCAAGUAGUGAUGUAAGCAGUGAUUAUGAAAGGGAGAAUGCAAAGAGUGAAAUAUGUUCACGGUUGGAUCAGUUGUCGUUAAAUUAUCAACAUGUAUCAUCACUCCAAGAAGGGUUUUCUAGUGACGAGGGUGAAUCUGGGAGACCUCAAAGUUGCCUCUCGUUUGAGUACCUGGAGCGCAAUCAACCUUGGGGUCGGGAACCUUUGGCUGAUAAGAUACUUGAUCUUGCACGGUGCUUCCCGGAAUUGAAAAGUAGGAGAAGUUGUGAUUUGCUACCGUCUAGUUGGUUAUCAGUGGCCUGGUAUCCGAUAUAUAGGAUUCCGAUGGGUCCAACAUUGAAAGAUCUUGAUGCUUGCUUUCUCACCUUUCAUUCUCUUCACACACCAUUAACAGGAGGGAAUGGGAAUGGGAAUGAAAGUGAGAAAGCAGUGUCGUUACCAGUGUUUGGUCUUGCUUCAUAUAAGUUGAAAGCACCAUUGUGGAUAAGCAACCAACGCUUGGUGCUGCUGACUUCUCUUUUGCAGGCAGCUGAUGAUUGGCUGGCAAAACUGCAGGUCAAUCACCCAGAUUUCCUUUUCUUUUCCCGUAGAUGAUGAACUCGAAYUCGAACUCGUAAUUUGGAGGGAAAAAGAAAAAGAAAAAGAAAUAUAAAAAUUAAUAGUAAUGGGAAUAAGGGUUGGUGUAGAGGAUUGAUUAGAUAUUAUAUAUAAUGAAAAGAAUGGAUGUUGGAUUUCUUCUAAUUUAUGAUCAACUUAUUAUGAGUGUGAGUGAGUGACUGAGUGAGUGAGCGAGUGAGAGGGAGGGGGUGUAUUUUUUCUACCCUAAUGCUGGUGAUUCAUGAUGAUGUGUUUGUAAUGUUACUAUAUACACUUAGAUUUUUGAUAGAUUAGUUGUAGUGUAGGUUUGAAUUUAUAACCAGAAAAUUCUUAUGCUUUCAUCUCAUUUACUUGGAACUUGGAGAUUGUCGUAUAGGGGUCGUUUAUCAAACACUUGCCUUAUUGGUGUGAGCAUGAGAAAUCUUAUUUGGUAAGCACUUAUGUC